AUGGGCACCGUGGCUAUGCGCCGGAGAUGCGCUCGUGCCACGGCAGACGCUCUUGGCGGCCGGAUGCAGUUCAUGUUUGCGAGCACUGACGUCUCGCAGGUCAAGUCUCUGAGUUUGGACGUCUGGACGACGCAGGAGCUGGACGCACUGGCGUCGAUGGGCAACAAGAAGAACCAGCGGCUGUGGAACAGCCACAAGGAGCCGUUCCCGUACGACGAAGACGACAAGGGCGCAAUUACACUCUAUCUGCGUAACAAGUACAUAAAGGGCCUGUUCCGGAACACUCCGAUCGAUCCAGCAGACUACAGGCUGAGCAGGAGCGACAGUCGGCGCAGCGGGCGAGGCAGGGAUGAGUACGGCUCUAGCAGAGGCUUGCGGCGGGGCAGCUCGAGCCGUGGCCAGUACGCCGAUCUCUCGCGCAAGCUGAGAUACGACUAUGGGUUCGAAGACGAGGAGCGGAACUUGGACGCUCUGGAACGCAGCGGCGGCGAUAUCAAGCUCGCGCUGCGUAUUCUGGCCAAGGAGAAGGAAGAGACUCCGCCGCCGCUUCCUAGACGGAGAGCUACGGCUGGCGCUCUUCUGGACUCGGCCAAGACCGGUGCGACCGACGUCGAUUGGCUGAGCGGUGGCGGCCCGACCCAGCAGGUGCAGCAGGUGCAGCAGGCCCAGACUGGCGCCCCGGAGGUGCAGAUCUACCAGUACAUCGACCCAAACACCGGGCAGGUGUACUAUAUCGACUCGAACGGACAGCAGUAUAUGGACCAGAACCAGGCGCAGAUGGAGGCGCAAAUGCAGAUGCAAAUGCAGAUGCAGCAGAUGCAACAGCAGCAGUUGUUGCAACAAAGACAGCUGGCCAACGCUCAGGUGUUGUCUGCGUACAACCAGCCGACUGGCCAGCCGGGACAGACGGGAAUGGGCCAGGGCUUUUUCUGA